AUGGCGCUACUGCUUAACUACUGGAUGUGUCUGCUUGCUCUGUCACUGACAGUGACUAUGAGCCACGCUUUGAGAAGGAUCACACUAAAGAAGAUGCCAUCCAUCAGAGAGACACUGCAGGAGAUGGGUGUUUCUGCAGAGCAGGUGGUGUCUGAGCUGGUCCAGAGGAGCCCAGACGACCCCAACAACGGGACGGUUCCCACACCUCUAACCAACUACUUGGAUACUCAGUAUUUCGGGGAAAUCAGUAUCGGAUCUCCAGCCCAGAUGUUCAACGUGGUGUUUGACACAGGAUCAGCAAACCUUUGGGUGCCCUCGCAAAGCUGCUCACCUUUCUCCACUGCCUGUUUUACUCACAAUAGGUAUGACGCUUCGAAAUCACGGACUUACUUGGAGAAUGGAACCGGAUUUUCAAUUCAAUAUGCCUCUGGAAAUGUCAGGGGAUUCCUGAGCGAGGAUGUCGUGGUGGUUGGUGGUAUUCCUGUGGUUCAAGUGUUUGCUGAGGCCACAUCUCUCUCUGCGAUGCCCUUCAUCUUCGCCAAGUUUGAUGGAGUCCUGGGGAUGGGUUACCCAAACGUGGCCAUCGACGGCAUCACUCCAGUGUUUGACCGCAUCAUGUCUCAGCAUGUCCUGAAGGAAGAGGUGUUCUCUGUCUACUACAGCAGGGACCCAAAGCACUCCCCAGGUGGAGAGCUGGUUCUCGGUGGGACAGACCCAAACUACUACAUUGGAAACUUCAAUUACAUGGACACAAGAGAGAUGGGCAAGUGGGAAGUUACCAUGAAAGGUGUCUCUGUGGGGACGGAGAUGAUGUUUUGUGCAGAGGGCUGCACGACUGUGAUCGACACAGGCUCGUCUUACAUCACUGGCCCGGCAUCAUCUGUGUCUCUGCUGAUGAAAACCAUCGGGGCACAGCUGGAUGAGAGUGGAUACAAAGUCAACUGUGAUGCUGUGAAGACGUUGCCCAGCGUCACGUUCCACCUGGGAGGCCAGGAGUACACGCUCACACAGGAGGAUUACAUCUUAUGGCAGUCACAGAUCGAAGGAGAUGUCUGCACCGUCACAUUCAGGGGCUUGGAUGUGCCGCCCCCUGCAGGUCCCAUCUGGAUUUUGGGUGCCAACUUCAUUGCCCGCUACUACACAGAGUUUGACCGUCACAAUAACCGGAUAGGAUUUGCUACAGCAGUCUGACACAGUUAAACAUCAGCCAUGAUGCUCUGUUUCUCCUUCACCGGUUUUGCUGCUAUCUCCCGACGUUUUGCCACUUCUUUUUCCAAAUCUCCCUUCAGCUGCUUUUUGCAAUGACUCCUGAUCAAGUAUUUUUUAUACGCAAAUUGUGACAAAGAAUGCCUACUAUGAAAUGUUGUUCACACAUUUCUUGCAUUUCUGCUUUUCCCUAUGAUAUCUCAUGCUAGUUGCACAUUCUGGUUUUAUUUAUAAGCGUUGGCCAGGAAAUAUAAUGUUUCU